AUGAGAUCUCUCAGCUACUUUCGACUAUACUUCUUCCUUGCCGCUCUCAGCCUGGCCUCCGCCCAUUCAGCCAAGCUCAACAUUACUGCAGUCGCCGCCCGCAAUGGCGUCUCGCACUUCGAGUGCUGGGAGCUCAACACGCCCUUCACAUCUUCCAACCAGUCCGGCCUAGUCAAGACCAGAACCGCAAGUCUGGGCGACGUCUCCAAGAUGACGUACAACGUCGUGCCGGCCGGCUUCGACGGCGGUUUCCACCCGGCCCCGAGCAACCAAUGGGUCAUCCUCUUGUCUGGACUGGGCGUCAUUACUCUGCCUGAUAACACCUCCACGACUAUUACGGCAAACGGUGGCGGGUUCGGACUUGUCUUCGCGACGGAUACGGCUGAUCGAACCAGGCAGGGUCACGGAUCGAUCUUCCCGGGCGUAACAGAGUCCAUCGCUUUGCAGAUCCCGACCAGAAAUAAUGAGAUUCCGAAGCACCGUGUUCUGUAUCACGACAAGCCUUGUACUGUUGCCGAGGUUGCCGGCUUGAGGUCCUGGGCCUUUGAGAAUUAG